CAUGAGUGCAUAUAAAGUAUAAAUGUACAAUUUGUCGCGCGACACAAUUUGGCCUGAAUUUGCUCUCGUCGAUCCCUCUAACAUGGACACUAGGAGGUUCAUCGAAAACACUUUACGCUCAAUCGGCAAUGAAAGUAAAAGAUUGAAGAAAAGUGUCCAGGAAUUUUAUGAUAAACUUCUGGUACCUGUUAACGACCAGAUCGUUCAAAACAAAGUUUUGCCCGAGACAAAGGAAAGACUGCAAUGUUGUUUCAAAGACAUUUACUUGAGUUUAAAAGUUCAUGUGAUGUUCUACCGCGGAAUCGAUAAAAAGCCAUUCGAGGUGAGAAACAUAAAACAAUCGAUCAUAUACAAGUGUCCCAAAUUUCGAGUGUCCUUGCUUUGCCAUUUGCAGGAAAACGACAAAAAGAUCGAUGAGACCCUCAAAAAGAUUCGUCACCUCCUUGACCUAAAAAAUGAAGAUAUGGAUCCAAUAGAUGCACAGAUAGAGGGCUCAACAUACCACGAUUUGUUUGAUAAACUUAUCGACCCUGGAAGCAAAGUCCUGGAAAUGGUGAGUAAAGAGAUAGUUAAAAGUCCCAGUUUCCAAGUUCCACUGCAUCACCAUUUGCAAUAGGUUGAGAUGUAGUAUACUCCGUGAUUAGGAAUGAAAAGGCUGUCCCAGGAAACAGAAUAAGCAGCUUGCGCUCAGAAUAUCUCAAGCAAUAGAUAGAUAUUGUGUUCUAAGAAGUAAACAUAGAAUGCAAAUUUCAUGUAACAAGGCUAUUUACGGACGCUCUCCAGGGUCGUCACGCGUUCCUGCUUCCCCCCCCCCACGAACGUCUGCUCAAUGUGGAAAGAAGUUACCAUUAUGUGCGGGCUGUAAUACCUGCUAUGUCGUCGAAACCUCUCGGUAUUUAUCCACACGUGUGCGUGAGCACUAGGUCAGAGAUAGGACCUCACAUUUUAAGACAUUUACAAACCUCUCAACAUCGUCGCACUGUAUGUUCUGACGGGUGUUUUAGCAUCUUAGAUCACGCUUCCACAACUCUCCAACUUAAAAUCAAAGAAGCUAUUCACAUUCAAUGGGAGCAACCUACACUUAACCAUCAACUUUAUCAUGUUAAUUCAAAACUUUCCUCGUAAUUGCAUACAUUGUUUUGUUUCAAUUGUUUGUUUUGUCCAAUGAGCAUUUUGUUAUACACUUCAAAUAAGACUUUGUAUAAAUCAGAACCGAAGACAACAGAAGAACUGUCGAAACAUUUUUGAAAAAAAUGUCUUAUAUUUUCUUAUCUGCUACCAUUAAGCCACCACUAUCGAUUGCCACUGGUUUGCUUAAAUGAGCAGCAAUUUAGCAGUUGCAGAGAAAAGGCCUGAAAUUUGUAAGCGCGCCAAAUUGGAACCACAACAAUAGGGCGGCUCGUGAGGUUAUUUCCCUGCUUCAUCUACUCAAUGGAAAACAGAGCAAAGAAAAUCAAGGAUGUACUGGGAAGGGAAGUGAAGAAGAACUGAUGCCAUCCCAACAUAAAUACCCGGAAGCAGGGCACGGUCUUUAAUGGAUGAAAGACCAGGCAUUUGACAACAGCGUUUAAUGAUAUUAGUAACACCGACCGAUCGAUUAUUACACCUAAGCUUGCUUUUUCUUGAGUUAAUCAAUCCUUGUACGUUGUUACAUUUCAGUUCCGCGUCGUUGCAGCGUCCCCAAAAGGUACUCCCCAGGAAAAGAGCAUCCAAACAGGAAGUAAGGAUCAUGCCAAUCGAGUAUUACAAAUGGCUCGAAGCUUUCUACGAACACUUCAUGACAAAAACACCUUCCUGCCGAAAGUUUUAGCAAAGGUGUCGCGUGAAGAAAAUUCUUUUAUCGGUGCUUCAAUAGCAGUAAGCCAUUUCUUAAGGCCGAUCUAUUUGUACAGUAGAGUCAUUAAUCGCAAAAAGAGUCUCGCGGAAGCAAUUAUAAAAUUCCGAGCCUUAGAUAUUUCCCCUGAGCAAAACUGGGAAUUUGAGGCAUUUGAAAGGCAAACUGUAGAAAUUCAAAAAAAUGAGGGAGAAAAAGAAAUUACCAAACAACAUGUAGGCCCCAAAGACCUUUGUCAAAACUGUAAAAUGAUGUUUCUUGGGGAUAAGUCAGGAAAAGGAGGUCGUUCUUUUCUCGGUGCAUGUGCAGAGUAUUGUCCUGUUGACGAGCUUCUCCCUGAUGAAUCGAAGUUAAAGGACUCACUUGAUGACUCAGUAAUUGGCUAUCUUCUGACGAGAAACCUUUCUCGAUGCUCACUUCUGUUUAAAGAGUUUGAAAAUAUCUACCAAAGAUGCAAAUAUGCUGUAAACUCGAGAGAUGAUAUAGAGAAGUGGAGGCGGUUUACUGGGAAGUGAUACAUAAAUUGAACAUUUUUGGUUUAAAGCCAGAAUAUAAUCCUUACUUUUAAUUUUCUUUUGGUCCCUUUUUUAUCAGCGCUUUACUGGAACAAAAUUGUUCAAAUCUAACAGUUGAAAGAGUUUUGAGUUUUUUGUUAUUUCAAAACCGAAAUUUCUUCUUUUGAACAAUGCAAAAAUGUGUGGUAAACAAUCCGUUAUGCUUUAUAUCUUAUUCACUUAGUUCAACCGAGACUGUAGAGGACAAAAGUUUUUAAAGGUUAGACUCAGUAGCGAUACUUUAUGCAUCUUCCACAGAGCUGAGAGAUCAGUGUUCCACAGAAAAAUCAAUCAUUUCCCUUUAAAAAAAAAGGUCAAUUUUCUUGUAUAGAUGAGAGAGCUGUAAAUUUUUUCAUUGUUAAAUCGGUGAAUGUUCGCUUUUUUCUUUUUUGGCUAUUUUUUUGUUUCACAUAUCACGUGUCCGUGAGUGAUGGGGACUGAGCAUUGCAUGACAAAAGUCUUAGAAUAAUUAUAAUUGUUACUGCUGCGUUUAACUAGUGACUAGAGUUGUAGUUACAAGAAAAAAUCUCACACAAGAUUUGUUUUCAGUUGGAAGUUCUCUUUUCAAACAAUUAUUAGAUUGAAAAGACUAUUUUAACUCUAAAAAAUAUUAGAAUUAAAGGCACUAGCUCUAGGUUGAAUUCAAUUUAUGAGGCUUUCUUUCUAAAAAGAAGCCUUUUUCAUCAACGUAUAUAGGAAAACUGAGGAGAUGUAAAGGCGUAACAAAAAGUUAGUCCGUUAGUCCGUUGAGAAAUCCAUAGAAUUGCCUAUAGAGUGUGGUGAUAGAUGCAGCAUUCAACUCAUUUAUCAAAUUGUCAUCAUUUUCAUUCACUUUGUCACCUCUGUAAAUCUUCCUAAAUUCAUUCCGAUUUCCCUGAAAUCUAAACAGUGACAAAUCAGUACAUGACAAGAAACAAGUGGUUCUCUAGUCAGCGGUUGUCUGAAUAUCAGGGUGGUAUUGGUAUUGUUUAAGAAAUUUUGGGUAAUGUCAACUAUAUCCAUAAUCAUCCCAUACAACUUUAUCACUCUUUUACCAUAAACCGAUAAUACCCCAAAAACUAAAUUAUCCGAAAACAAGUUUUCAUACAUCAACAUCUUUUAAAUAUAAAAAAAAAUCUUAAAACUUAACAUGUACAGCUUGGGAACAUUCGUCUGCUCUAUACAUCAGUGAAAAGAGCAAUGAUUGUGGAAAAAUUGAAGAGAUGAUAACACCAUUACGUCCACUGACUUAAUAAAGAGUAGCUCCUAACCAUUUCCUCGAUGUCACCCAUGAUAGGAAAUAUCUACGAGCCAAGAACACUGAAACUGUUCUUAAAGCAUUUUUGUUAUCUAAGAUGGACCAUCAUGUGGCAAAUGUCAUUCUUCCACGUUUCAAACCAUUGGAAGUUCUCUUAUGCUAGAAACACUGCUGCUCGUGUUAUAAAUGAAUGCGCCCAAAAAAAAUCUUAAUUGAGCACCACCAUCUAUCUAUUGCUAAAAUGCAUCAAGUUGAAGUUUGUAUUGUUGUCCUUCAAGGCCUUACGAAACCAGUCUACAAGUCUUGGUUACGACUUUUUUUCCUACCACAUCCAAAGUAGAUCCUCACCAUCAUCAGCUGGUCCAUGUUUAGACCGUGAUUAGAAUGUGCAAAGGUUCACAGUGCAAGAAACGUUUCACACCUUUUGAUGGCCAAAUGUUAAAUUAUGUUAAAAAUCUAAGUGCCAGAAAUGCCAACCACGAAGGAAAUACAAAGGUGUCCUGAGGAGUCUUAGGACACUCCUAACUUGAGGUUAAUAGAUUUACGCAAGGCCACAAGUUUAUCAGCCCGUGGCUGAACUAAAUCUGAAAUAAUAGCAGUAUAUACAAAAAACGGACUGAUUAAAGCCAUAUAUCCAUUCCAAUUUUCUC